AGUCGGAUGUUGUAAAGUUUCAACGCAUCCUUCAGUAUGUCCUCCACAGCUACCAUCAGGAGGUGAAGAAAGUCACAGAUGCGGCUCAAGGUAGCUGGGAGAGGUUCAAGGAGGGGAUGCAGAGGAAAUACCGCCUGAGAGACGGGUUGUUGACUACCGCGGACCUUGAAGCGAUGAACAAAGAGGAUUUUACGACUAUAGGGGCCUUUGUUCAAGAAUUUAAGAAAACGGCGCGGAAGGUCUAUGGGAUUUCGGAGGAAGCACAGUGCGCCAUCUUCCUAGGGUUACUCACAGCGUCGGAGGCCGUCGAGUUGACGAGACAUGGAGGAGGUAGCAAUAAGCUCACCUGGGCCACCAUUGACAGAGGGGUGGAAGUUGGGUGCUUGGACCAGGUGGAACAACGUCAGGUACGCCUGCAAAGGCAGAAGAGAAAGGAAAGAGAUGCGACCGCUUCUGGGACCCCGGAGGUAACAAGGAUUGUUACAGACGUAUUGGCACAGCUAGGGUAUGCGACAGAGCCGGUGGUGCAAAGGAGGGUGGUGACGGCUGUCGAAGUAAAAGGAAAAGAGCCAGUGAUAGAGGAGGUUAUUCAGGAGGAGCUCUGGGAAGAGGAAGAGCUGGUGCCGCAGCACCUGACGAAGGUCCAGCGCAAAGUGCAUAAUUUGACGCAGGGCGGACAAGGAUCAGGAAAAGCGCAGGCGCCUCAGGCCCAGGCAGCAGCCCCUUUAAAUGUGGCGGCUCCAUCAUCUAGUACGGGCCCCUCGAAAGCAGGGCCAUGCCGUAUCAACGAAGGGAACGAGAAAGAGUUGAUCAUAGGGGAGUCUGAUUUCCUGCUGCCUCAGGAGCGAACGAUGAUGGUGGAAUUAAUGAAGAGGAAGCAUCGCGCCUAUGCGUUUAGUGACGAGGAGCGUGGCAGGUUGAAUGUGGACAAGAUACCUAUGAUCCGCAUCCACACAGUGCCACACGAGCCUUGGAACAUGAGAGGGGCGCGAUAUCCCAAUCCUGACGAGGAAAGGAAGGUGGUGGAUUACCUCGACGGCAAAAUACGUACUCACGUCGCCGACUAUUCAAGCGGACCRUAUGCGUCCCCGUGGUUCUGCUUUAUUAAGCCUAACGGGACGCAGCGGUGGGUGCAGGAUUUGCAAAGACUGAAUGAAGUGACAGUGCGAGAUGCUGGAGGACUGUCGAAUGCAGACGCGCUGUCGGAAUCCUGUACUGGAAGACCUAUAAUUUCGCUUAUAGACCUUAACUCAGGAUACGAUCUGUUUCCAGUCUACCCGCCGGAUAGGCCGGUGACGGCUAUGCACACGCCGCGAGGAUUAGUCCACAUGGACGUGGCCCCACAAGGGUGGACCAACGCAGUAGCAAUGGUCCAACGGGCCAUGAUUCGGGCCAUGCAGUCAGUCAGCUCCCAUAUCACACAGCCAUACAUCGACGAUUUAGCAGUGAAGGGGCCGGCGAUGAAAGAGAGCGACGAAGUCUCACUUGGGGUAAGGCGCUUUGUCUGGAAACACAUCCAGGACCUCGAAAAGGUCCUGAGCCUGCUCGAAGAGCAUAACCUCACGGCAAGCGGGGCCAAAUCCAGACACUGCAUGAGGGAAGCGACUAUCUUGGGGAUCGUCUGCAUUGAGAAGAGCCGAAGGCCGGAUGUGAAGAAGACGGACAAGAUUACUGAGUGGCCAGUUCCGUUCCACUCAAUAACUGAUGUCAGGAGCUUCCUUGGUACGUGUGGAUUUUGGAGGGCCCUCGUCAAGAACCUUGCCGCUAAGACUGAACACUUGAGGAAGUUAGUCCGUCAGGAUCAGGAAUGGGUAUGGGGUGAGGAACAAGAAGAGGUGGUGGCAAAAAUGAAAGAGGAAUUUCGAGAAGGAGGGCUGGUGUUAGGAGCGCCAGAUUAUGACGCCACAGAGACGCGACCCUUCAUUGUCGAAACGGAUGCGGGACCGACUGCCUUAGGGGGAGAAGGGGAGGCGGUGGAGAAUACGCCCCUAGUUGAUGGAUUUCUGGAUCAGGAAGAAGAUGUUCGUCUUCAUAUCAACAAGUGGGCGCCGCGAGUGCCCAGCUGUGUAGGCUAUCCUAUCUGGCAAGCGCGGAAGGGGCAUGAAAGGAGGAAUGAGCUAGUCCUUAAGCCCUUUGAGGAAGAAGAUCCCUGGGGCGGUAAGGAUGUUCAGUGGAUGAUGGAGUUAGCGCUGGCCAGCUCGCAUAGCCUGGUGGAGGAUAUGAGAACGAUUGAGGAAGGACCUGGCCAGGUAGAACGGCAUGAGGACCUGAUGGGAGGAAUGUAUCUCCUCGUCAACACGUUAUUGCAGGAAGGUCUCGACCAGUCAGGCUCGUUGAACUCGACAGGAAAUGUGGACGAAGUGCCCGAGAGCCAGGACGACGAGUUCGAGGAGGGGGAGAUUAAGGAGGCUUUUCGUGCAGAGGAGUACGACGGGAUCUACCUAGAAGUGGGGCUGCUUCUGUCAUGUGAAAUGCGGCUAAGGGAUGCAAGCGAUAGGACUCAGAGGAUGCUGCAGCGCUACUUAGUGCGAGGCGGCCACCUUUUCGUGAGAAGAGAAGUGGGGAAUCCCAGGAGGGUCGUCUGCGGUAGGAAUCGUCAGAUCGACGUCGUAACAGCACUUCUCGAUGGCAUUGCAGGAGGGCAUCGAGGGGUACAAGCCACGUAUGCCAAGAUAAGUGAGUUGUACUACUGGGAUGGAAUGAUGGACAUGGUCGAAAAAUUCUGUCGAUUCUGCGUGCCCUGCCAGGAGAGAUCCCGUUUAAGGCAAGGAGAGCCGCUGCAUCCAAGGUUAGAGCGAGAGGUGGGGGCCGUAGUGCAUCUCGAUCUGCUUCUUAUGCCACUUGGGGAUCAGGGCUAUAACUAUAUCUUCGAUGCGCAUGAUAACCUGUCUGGGUUCGUAGACGGGCGUGCUAUUCGCACAAAGACUGGGUUAGUCUUAGUGAGCUGCAUCGAGGAAUAUUACCUGCGUUACCCUUUCGUCAGGGAAUUCGUAAUGGACAGGGGAUCGGAGUUUACCUGCCAGGAGGUGCAAGAAUUGUUAUCAAGGUCUGACCUUAUGAAGACAGCCAUGCCAAGAGGAGGCAGGGGGACACGGCCGCCUCGGAGGCCGUUGGGAGCACCAGGAGGAUAUGAGCGACAUGGGCCUCGCCAUCAAGAGAGUACUCCGGUAUACAAUGAUGGGGACAUCGAGCUAUUCCUGGACAGCUUUUGGGAUCAUGCGAGGCGUAUGGGCUGGACCGUGGCUCAGGCGAUUGAGAGAUUGAGGGGAGCAGGCAGAUUCGAGGAGCCCAUCGCGCGGAUCCGUAGAGAGGCGACGACGAGAUCAGAGGUGGAGUGGAGGAUGCAGGAGUUGCGACCCUCGCGUGUGGGGCCUGAUGGCAGGCCGAUCCGCCUGGAGAUUGGAAAUGCGUCGGACUUCAUCCCCGCGUUUGAGUGGUUCAUGCAGGGGCAGGGCAUACCGAGAGAUGACUGGAUGCAGACGCUACCACUWUGGACCAGGAAGGCGGAAAGGCCGCUGGSUAGCCAAAUCAGAGACAUGGYCCGGGACUGGGAGAGCUGYAGGGMACAUCUAAGAGAGGCCUUUCGACGGCCAGAGCCCCCCCAGCCCAGAGUCGAGAGACGUCAGAGGAGUCAGAGGUCGAGGGACCCUGAGCCCAGGGAGGGUGAGGAGCAUGAAGAGCAAGUAGAAGGGGUGCCACGAGAGGAGGUACCACGAGAGGAGGUGCCACGAGAGGAGGUGCCACGAGAGGCGCAGGGUACUCAGCGAGAGAGCAGGCUUGGCGACGUGGGGAGACGUGCAGGGAAGAAAGUGAUAGAGGUUGGAGAGGAUACGCCCCCACAGACGCCAGCGGUGGGUUUGAGACUCGAGAAUGCACCAGGGAGCACUCGUCAGGCAGAGGAGAGAUUGCGGAGAGAGGAGGCCCCACUUCCUUCAUCAGAGAGGGCUCCAUCGCCAGAGGGGAGAGCCGGUAGGAGAAGAGAAAGGGCAGCUGUAAGGAGGGAAGCCUUGACCCUGAUUGAUAGGCACCUAGCAACUUAUGCCCUGGAGCAUCCAUACGUGGAGGAGCCAGUACCUGCAGAGCCGCGCCAGGAGCCGUACCAACCCGAGAAGGAGAUGGAAGCAGAGAUCCCGAAGAGGGUCGACCUCCGCACGAGGGAAAGGGCGCCAGCUGGAGAGACGGYUGAAGAAAAGAGGGCGAGAAGAACCAGACRGAUARAUGAGAUAUGGCAGGAGAGGCAGAGGUUGGAGGCAGCGGGGGAGCUUCCGGAGCAGCAACAGGAGAGGCAGAGAUCGGAGGCAGCAGGAGCACUCCCAGGGCCUCGCCAAGAGCCACCUAUGGGGAGAGUUAUCAUGGAGCCAGAGGAGGCGAGAGCCAAGAGACAGGCAAAGAGAGAGGCGUUCGAGUUUAGAGCCCCUACUGAGCUCGCGAUGCUGGCAGCGGCAGGCCCAGUCGUACCUUUGGCGAUUGAGGAGGGGCUACCGCCAUCUAGCAGUGAGCCGGCUCAGGGGUCAGCAGACGGAUCCAUGGGCGUACUCCUUGAGGCAGUGCAUACCAUGCAGGAAGAGGCGAGUUUGUUUUCACCCGAGCAGAGGAUAGAGGAGCCGCUUGAGAGAGAGAUGGGGAUUGAGGCGGAAGGUUUCAUCGAGAGCAGGCUCCAGAGGAUGAGCACACGUGAGUACGGACCAGAGGAGAUUGAGGAGCAGCCCACGACAGUGCCAGGAGAGACACUCGAGAGGAGACCUCGGAGGUUGGACACGCCUGAGUACGUCCCAACGACAGGGGAUUUGAAGAGCAGACUGGGAUCUUGGGCUACUGGAUCUGGGUCUGGGGGACCGGUUCCUGGGACAGAGCAGCAGGAGGUCGUUAGUACCGCAGCCCCUCGAUCAGAGCAGCAGGAGGUUGUCAGUACCUUGRUAGGAUCUCCUUCAUCGCCAUCUCCUCAGCCCAGGAAGAAGAAGUUCAAGAGGAAGGUAGAUCAGCUAUGUUUCUACUGCAAGAAGGACGUGCAUCAUGCUCUGGACUGUCUCGAGUUCCUUGAGGAUAAGGCAGCAGGGAAGGUCUCAGAGGUAGGAGGUAAGAUGUAUGAUAAACAGGGUAGGAUAGUAGAGAAGUCUGCAGAUGGAGUUAGGCCUCAGUUAUAUAGGCAAAACCAGGAGAAGUUGAGGAGAUAGCACCGGUUUGUCUAUGUGAGUGGGCGAGUAUCUUGUGAG